AUGCUCAAAGGCUCAGCGCCUUUGAAGCCAGCUUCGGCCUCUGUGGAUCGCACAAUGCCAUCCUUAAGAGUUCCUAAACCUUCACAAGUUGACCUGGAAUCAAGUCCAAGUGCAAUGCUGGACGAUUCUACAUCAUUGAAUGAUGACUUAAUGAGCAUUAACAGUAGUAUCAACAGGACUGACCGGCUGAGAUUUUCUUCAGGCAGACUGAGUCCUGGAAGCAUGUCAUUAAGACAGAGUUUUGAUUCAUCUUCAGUAUGGGGUAGACAAAGCCGAUUCAACACCCCCGGAAACGAGGGUCACAGCGGAAGUAUGGAAUUUUCACCCUUGGGUAACAACUCCGUAUAUGAACUGGUCUUGAAUACAAGACGCAGAAAUUGGUUGAAAAGGCCAACAGUUGAUGAUAUACCGCCUAUCAUUUUGAGCAAGAAUGAAGUACCGGAAACAUGGCGCGAUGAUACUCACAAGUUCGUCAAAGAUAUCGAAUCUGAUUAUGCCGUCUUUGAACACAAUAAUAAUCUGGAAACUGUUAAGGGUUUGGGCAGAUUGCGAUUGGAGGAAGACGAAGGCCUAAGGACUACACCAUCAGAAGGAGAAAAUGGCCAAGGUGAUGGAGAGAUUAUCAAUACUCAGCAUUACGGUACAAUCAAACGGCUCCCGAACUUUUAUUUCAACGAAAAGCUCGAGCUGGACGACACCCGCACCUUCAGGAAGAUCAUCGAUGAUCUAGAUCUGCGCGCUGACAGCUUACGAUCAACUUCCUCUCAAGAUAGAAAAGAAGCGUAUCAGAGCAUAAGAGAUAGACUUUCAGAUUAUCUCGACAGCAUCGAAAACCUACUUCUGGCGGAGAUCUCCAAGUCUUCUAACAGCUUUUUUUUCGCUUUAGAGGAUGUGAGCAAGAUAGAAUCGAGAGCAGCAAAUACAAUCAAGAAGCUAGCCGCGAUAUCGGAGGGAUUAGGCUCGGUAGACAGAGAUCAAUUCCAGUCCCAGAUAUCGACGCUGAAGAAGAAAAUAAAGAGGAAAAACAUUGAAAAACUCGAGCAAGGAUUACUUCAAGCUAAGCGUAUCACGGAUUUCGUUGCCGAUUGUAAAACUCUUUUCAAAGAAGGCAAAAGUCAAGAGUGUUUAGACAUGGUGAAGCAUGUCGAGAACCUGAUCAAAGGUGACGACGAUAAUGACAAGCAUAUACAAGAAAUGACUAAGACGUGGCCCUACAAGCUAUCUGAUUUGAGAUCCGUCUCGACUUUCGUGAAAAUCGGUAAAGAAUUAAAAGGUAUCACUGAUGACAUCGGAAUGGCGUAUUCAUCAGAAUUCUGCGAUAUAUUAAUCGAUGAUAUUAGAGCCAACUAUUCACCUGAAGCAGAAUUGGGGGCCAUUUCAAUCGAUUCUAAAGUAUCAAAAAACACUCAAAAAGAUGCAGACUUGGCCAACCGAAUCAGGAGCUCAGCUGAACGGCUAGUUCAGUGCGACAAACUGGCGGACGCUAUACAGCUUUACAACGAGAGAUUCAUCAUAGAGUUAAAAAAUAUCAUCAAGGACCUUCUUCCCAAGGAGCCUGAGCACAGCCCAGACCUAAAGGAAGAGCCUGCUGACUCCAGGAGUUCUGGCAAUGGCUCGAAACUCUCGCGAUUGAUCAGAGCCCUUACACCCAGUGAGUUCCAGGAGAUGCUACUAAAGAUUUUUGUUCGUGAGAACCAGGCACUUUGGCGACUUUCCAGGCAUCAGAAAGUUCUUCUUGACGUAGCACUCGCUGUUUAUGCUGACAGUCCGCGUCAAAAUGGGUCGAGUUCAGAAUCGAUAAUACAGCUAGAUAUCAAUCCUGCUAUUCACGAAGGUAUACGAAUUGUGCAAUUACGAAUGGGAAAGAUCAUUGCAGUCAGGCGGGAUCUCAGUAGCAGGCUGAGGUACGAUCACUUUUUGAAACUCUGCAGUAUAUGCUUCUGGUUCGAUCGUGAGUGUGAAAAUAUCACCGGUGAAUUUCUGACGCAGUACUUGAAGGACGUGCUAGCAGCACAAAUAAAGAGCUAUGCAAGCAGUCUGAAUGCUCAAAACGCACAAUCAGUACGAGCUGCUAUAGAUCAAGAGGCAUGGACUCCACGAGUAGUGGAGCCUGAAGUGCAACAAAAUGUUAAUGAGAUAGUGUCCUGUGUACACAUGACACCUACUAGCUGGGCUAAACUUAUGAGCCUUGAUGGCAGUAAUGGUGAAGAGACUGGCGAGACACAGUCUGAAACUGGAGACACAGAGAACGCAACUUCCAAGGGUCACAAAAAGUCUGUGGUGGUGAAUGACAAGACUUUUGUUGCGAGCAAUGCUCUGUUGGAAAUAAUUGCGAUGCUCCGAGCAGUUUUGGUGUUGUCUGCCAAUUUGCCCACUUCAUUCCUGGCAAACUUCGAAAAGAUGUGUUACGAUUUGGUAAUGUAUUUCAACUCGAGGUCCAUGACGACAGUCUCCACAGGUCCUGAUAAUUUUCCGUCGACCAAUUCUGGCAAGAAUCUCAGCAUCCUGGGAGAGUCUUUGGAUUGUUUGGCGGAGCUUGCAGCAAUGAUUCAAAUGUUUUACCAGCGGAUGAGUAGUAGCCACAGAGACUGCGAACCUAUGGCACCAGAACUUUACCUGCAGCUGUUCAAGACCUUUCAGAUAUCGUCGGAAAGACUUUACCAGGCGCAUGCUCCUCCACCUCCAAUCUAG